GAGGGGCGGGCGCUGCCGCGGGCCGGGCGCGGGAGGGGCGGCCCCGUGGCCGUCGCCUCACUUCCGGGAGCGCCCGGGCACUGCGCCGCCCGCCCGCCCGCUCGCAGUGCAGCCAGCCCGCGGGCCGCGGCCGCAGAGCCGGGGAGCGCACAGCCAGGCCGAAGCCGCACAGCCCGCACAGCCACGCCUCUCCCUGCCGCCAUGGGGGCGUCCUCGCGGCUACUGCGCGCGGUGAUCAUGGGGGCGCCGGGCUCCGGCAAGGGCACCGUGUCGUCGCGCAUCACUAAACACUUUGAGCUGAAGCACCUCUCCAGCGGGGAUCUGCUCCGAGACAACAUGCUUCGGGGCACAGAGAUUGGUGUGUUAGCCAAGACUUUCAUUGAACAAGGGAAGCUCAUUCCAGAUGAUGUCAUGACGCGACUGGCCUUUCAUGAGCUGAAAAACCUCACCCAAUAUAACUGGCUAUUGGAUGGUUUUCCAAGGACUCUUCCUCAGGCAGAAGCCUUGGAUAGAGCUUAUCAGAUAGACCUAGUGAUUAAUCUGAACGUGCCCUUUGAAGUCAUUAAGCAACGCCUCACUGCUCGGUGGAUUCAUCCCGCCAGUGGCCGAGUCUACAACAUCGAAUUCAACCCUCCCAAAAAUGUGGGCAUUGAUGAUCUGACUGGAGAGCCUCUCACUCAGCGUGAGGACGACAGACCAGAGACAGUUGUCAAGAGGCUGAAGGCUUACGAAGCUCAAACACAGCCCGUCUUGGAAUACUACCACCUGGAGGCCAGUGUGAGUGAGCUGGUUGGAGGAGCAGGGAAAAAAGGAGUAUUGGAAACAUUCUCUGGAACCGAAACCAACAAGAUCUGGCCCCAUGUAUAUGCCUUCCUACAAACAAAAGUUCCACAAAUUAACCAGAAAGCACCAGUUACUCCAUGAGGAAAGCAUGUGUAACUAGUAAGAUGAGCAGAAGCUCCUCAUUUGUGCAGUUAGAGGCUCCUUGUCCUGAGACUGUAAUGUAUGAAUUCUUUGAAAAUUGUUUAAUUUCUACUGAUUUUAUUCUGGAAAUUAAGGAUGUGCCAAAUGCAUCAGAUACUCAUUUUUUGAAAUCAUCUAGUAUGUUUUAUCCAGUUAUCUUCUAUGGGUGGACAAUUCAAAAACAUCAGAGAUCUCUAAUGAAACUUGUAAAAAAUCAUUUAGAGCAAUUGGUAGUAAUCUAACUUCUGUUCAGAAGAGUAAGUGGUUGAUAAAGUUCCCUUAUUUUUCUGGAAAAGUAAAAGAAAAAAAGUCCUAUGUCAUUUGGGAAAAGAGGGUUUUAAUUAGAUAUGCCAAAAAGCCAUAUUUAGCACUGUGGUACAUGGUCUUGUGGUACUGUAUGUCUGUAAAAUUCCAGAAGAAAAGCAACUGGAUUUACGUAUUAAUUGAAUGACGCAAAUUCACUGCUGCUUCUACACUAAGAAAUUUGUAAGCUAGCCAUGUAUGUUGUAUUUAUUUUGUUGUUAAAUGUACCUUCAGGUUACUCAGAAUUUUCAAUUUAUCAAUUAGCAUAGAAAGUACUUUCCUAUAGGAUUUAAUUAGAAAUUGACAUUAAGUCUUGUGAAGGACUGGAGUUGUAUUUUCAAAGGAAAAUGUAAAAGGCCUAUGUUUUCAGGUGAUACUUGGGUUAAGAUAUGUGCUUUUGGACCUACUUGCUGGUUUCUCUUUUUGAUCAGAAUGUAUGAUCUGCCUUGAUGAGUAACAUUAAAGAAGAAAAAAACCCCUCAUGGCAUUAGA